AUGAGAGGCGAUGCCAGAGCUGUGAACAACACUUUGGAGACUAUCAACGCUGCUGCAACUGUCAUCGCUUCCGUCGACAAUCGCCUUAGUCAACCUCAUCCUCACGUCCAGAAGAAAACGUGGGGAAAGUGGCUGAGCAUAUAUUGGUGUUUUGGAUACAGCAAAAACCGAAAGCGCAUUGGGCAUGCAGUCCUUGUUCCGGAAAGAGCACCUUCUUCUGCAGAUGUUGCUUCUGCAACAGUAAGUGCAACACAAGCACCUACUAUUCCAUUCCCCUUCGCCGCACCUCCCUCAUCUCCUGCAUCUUUCCUCCACUCAGAACCUCCUUCAGUUGCACAAUCCCCAGGUGGUAUACUAUCUCUCACUUCAGUGUCUGCCAGCAUGUACUCUCCUGGUGGUCCUUUCUCUAUCUUCGCCAUUGGACCUUAUGCCCAUGAAACACAAUUAGUUUCACCCCCCGUUUUCUCAACAUUCACCACUGAACCAUCAACCGCUCCCUUCACUCCACCUCCUGAAUCUGUCCACUUGACUAGACCUUCUUCGCCUGAAGUGCCAUUUGCUCAACUGCUUGACCCCGGCAACAAAAAUGGUGAGACCUACCAGAGGUUCCAAAUAUCUCAAUAUGACUUCCACUCUUAUCAACUUCACCCUGGAAGCCCUGUUGGUCAACUCAUUUCACCAAGAUCAGCUUUCUCAGCUUCGGGCACCUCAUCUCCUUUCCCUGAUGCGGAGUUCACUUCUCGUGGCUCCCUCCUCCUUGACUUUCAAACAGGUGACCCUACCAAGUUUCUAAACUUUGAGAAAUCGUGUACGCAUGAAAAACACAAAUCACGUCAAGGCUCUGGCUCUCUAACCCCGGAUUCUAUAAGAUCCACAACUCAAGCUGGUUUCCUUCCUAAUCACUGGGUUUCUGAGAUCAUAAUGUCUCCACGUCCAAGAAAAAAUCGCCCCAAUGAGAUUAGUCUAAACCACAGGGUCUCUAUUGAAGUGUCUUCCCAAGAGGUAUUGAAAUGUGUGGAAAAGAAGGCAGUGGCAUGGACUAAAUCACUCCCAAAAUUCAAAACUGAUACACCAGGAGCUGGAAAAGAAGAUAAUUCAAGAGAAGUCCUUGUCAGUGAAACUCCCAAUUAUGCCCCUCAGCAGACCGCGGUGGAUGGAGAUGUGGAAAGUGUUCAUUAUAAGGAUGAAUGUAUAACAUUUUCCUCUGCUAAAGAAUUCAACUUUGAUAAUGCCGAAGGAGGGGAUUCUCCUGGGCCCAAUUUAGUUGUUGAGUGGUGGGCUAAUGAGAAAGUUGCAUGCAAGGAAGGAGGUUCCUCCAAAAAUUGGUCUUUCUUCCCCAUGGGAUUGGCUAAUCGCCAAUGA